AUGGCAGCAGCACGGCGGACACUGCUUUUGUGUGUCAACGACAUCGGAGCCAGCGCGGGCUCUAAUUCCCGCCCGUUUCUCUCCCACACGGUCCCUGUCUGGCAGUCCCGAGCUGGACACCGAAUUGACCGGAUUGUGAGGCCGCAAGAUGGUCGGUUUUUCGCCUCUUCGCGAUGCAAAUGGCGAGAAGCGUUGUCGCACCAGGGAAGCGACGCGCAGCCCGUCAUCGACCGAACACGGUCGAAGCUCUUCAAGGACGCCGAUGAAGCUGUGGCCGAUCUGAAGUCUGGUUCCACCAUUUUCAGUGCGGGUUUUGGGCUGUGCGGGACUGCUGAAACAAUCAUCACCGCCAUCCACAAGCGCGGAAUCGAGUCGCUGAACAACCUGACCGCCGUGUCCAACAACGCCGGAGCUGGUAACGACGGUGGACUCGCUCCAUUGACUCACUCCGGCCAGCUCACCCGCUGCAUCCUCUCGUAUCUGGGCAACAACAAAGCUCUGGAGCACAAGUACCUCACCGGCAACAUCGCCAUCGAGUUGUGUCCGCAGGGAACGUUGGCUGAGCGGAUUCGGGCUGGAGGGGCUGGGAUUCCUGCCUUCUACACCCCGACCGGUGUUCGCACCUUCAUUCAAACUGGCGAGAUCCCCACCCGACUAGGCCCGGUAGACCCCGACACGCAAAAGGCCACCGUGCUCGAGUCUGGACACGCGCGCGAGACGCGAGUCUUCGAUGGGCGGACGUAUGUCAUGGAAACCGCCUUGACGGGCGAUGUGGCCAUUCUGCGAGCAUGGAAGGUUGACGAAGCUGGAAAUUGUGUGUUCAGAUAUACCACCAAGGCUUUCGGCAUGAUCAUGGCCAAAGCAGCACGACUCACCAUCGUCGAAGCAGAAAACAUUGUGCCGGUGGGAUCCAUCGACCCCAACGACGUCCACUUGCCCGGCAUCUACGUCGACCGCAUCGUACCCGCCACCGUGGCCAAGAAGCUCGAGCUGAAGAAGACUCGGGCGGCCGACAACAGCAGCAGCGGACGUGAGUCGGACGGGUCAAUAUCCAGUUCAGGCUCUGCUUCGUCGGGCCAGUCUGCUGCACAAGGCCGACGGAACCGAAUCGCACGCCGCGCUGCCAAAGAACUCAAGCACGGCAUGUACGUCAACCUGGGGGUGGGGAUGCCGACACUGGCACCAUCUUUCCUCCCUCCGUCGGUCAAGGUGUGGAUCCAGUCAGAGAACGGCAUCCUGGGCAUGGGCCCGUACCCGACGGAAGACGAGGUGGACCCGGACAUUGUGAAUGCGGGCAAGGAGACGGUGACGCUGGUGGCGGGGGCGUCGACGUUCGACUCGGCCGAGUCAUUCGGCAUGAUCCGCGGCGGGCACGUCGACGUGUCCAUCCUGGGGGCUCUGCAGGUCAGCGCGGCCGGCGAUCUGGCCAACUACAUGAUCCCGGGCAAGGUGUUCAAGGGCAUGGGCGGCGCCAUGGACCUGGUCAGCAACCCGGACCACACCAAGAUCGUGGUGACAACUGACCACGUCGACAAGUAUGGCCAACCCAAGGUGGUGGAGAAGUGUGCCCUCCCGCUCACCGGCGCGCGGGUGGUCAGCACCAUCAUCACCGACCUCGCCGUGUUCCAGGUCGACCGGGUCAAGGGAUCACUCACCUUGACGGAGCUCGCGCCGGGCGUGACGGUCGACGAGGUUCGGGCCAAGACGGACGCCAGUUUUGCCGUUGCGGAGGAUAUUGUGCAGAUGGAGUGA